CCGCAACAGAAAGGCUUGGCUGAAAAAAGUGGACAGUUCUCUUUCCUGGUUUCUGGAAUCAAAGGAGAAAGUUCAGGUUGUUGAGGACAGUGAGAGAAGAAUAUUUGCCCAAGGCACCUAUUUCAUCAUGCAAAUUCUUCUGGGAUAUUUCCUCUUCUCUGUGCUUCUAAGAACAGGUGCAACUUUCCAAUGUAUAAAGUGUCAAGCGGAUGCUACAACCUGCACAGCCUCAUUACAGGCCUGUAAUGCAGGUGAAAAUUCCUGCGUGAAGAGGCUGAGUGAAGACAUCAAAGGUGAAAAAACACAAAGCAAGGUAGUGAUGGCUUGCAUAGGGGCUUCCCAAUGCACGAAACAGUUUAUCGAGCUGUCUUAUGAAAAAGGAGUUUACGUAAGAGUACAGUAUGAUUGUUGCGACACUGACGGCUGCACCCCUCCCUCCACAAAAAUGCCUGCAUUAAACACCACCAUCAAUAAGAAAUAUUGUCCAGUCUGCUCUUUAGAGACAGGUACCUGUUCAGAUGAUGUUACUCUGGAAUGUACUGGAUCUGCAACACAUUGUUUUGCAUCUUCCAUUCUUAAAGAUGGUGUGAAGAGACCCGUAAAAGGAUGUACCACAGAAGCUGUCUGUAAUAUACUAAAAACCUACAAAGGGUCCCUUGUUGGAAAUUCCAUGCUCCAGGAUGUAACCUGCAAAGAAGCCACGAGCGAUAGCAGCUGUUCCUCUCUUGAAGUUUUCCUCCUGGCUCUUCUGCCAAUUAAGCUGCUCUUUUUUAGUGCCUAUUGAAAAAAACACAUUUGGAGAUAUUUUGAUUUUCUUUUUAUUUUGAGCAAGUCAAAGAAACGUGAGAUUGAAAUAAGAUCUGGCAUCGAUUUACAGAUCCAUUGGUGAAGUUGGAUAUUAAGGCUUCAAUAAAUGUUGACACAAUACUCACAUCCAUGC